AUGGCAAGUGGGAAGUUGACAGAACCCAUUGUUCACCAGAUGACAACCAAACCUGAUUAUCGUGCAUUCGCUGCGGCGGCAUAUGACAGUGAAAAAGCGGAGUCCCAUGUGUGCAGUUCCUUAACUCACAAUGCGACUUUGGCCCGAAGGGCGGCUGAACUUUGUCUCUCAGAUUACGGUGACGCCCUUCUGGACGCUACUCAUCAUUCAACGGAUGAUGGUAACUCCUCGUCUUCUAAUGUCAGUGAUUUUCUGUACGAUGCGGGACAGCUUCCAGGUCAGUUGCGCCUGCCUGCACGUUCCAUCUCUCGUUCUGGUGUUUAUUUGCUAGAUACUGGGGAGAUUAUCUUUCUACUCAUUGGAUCUCAAGAUGAUUCAGCUUCUGGAGCCGUAGCUUCAUCGGGAACGGUGCAUCAGCUUCUUGGUGUCCCAAUACCAAACAGUGUUAUUUUCUUCUUACCUCCCAUCGUUGUGACAAACGGCGAAUCGGAUGUGCCGUUCCGGCUGUGCCGAUUGUCAGCCUUGGUUAAUCUUCUUCGUCAAGGUCGGCCCAUUUCCAACGCUCUUGUAUGCAUCUGCCAUGAUGCCCCUGCUUCUUUGCGAACUCGUUUCAUUUCCAACUUAUUAGAGGACCGAACAGAAUAUGCCCCUUCUUAUCAAGAGUUCUUACAAGUGGUGCAAUCCUUUAUGAAAGGCUAG